UUCAAAAAGCAGGAAUCGGCUUAAACCGGAACCGACCAGUGAGAGCACAAAGUUGCCUGAACCGGCUCCAGGCUAACUCUACGUCCAUCCCUUAUCUGGCGGCAGAGGGGCCUGCCGCCUGCUGUGGUGGGGUUGAAAGACCGUGAGACGGAGAAAAGGCGGCAAAGCAAUUGGAAUUGAGGUCUUCCGGCAACGCGCUGGCGCCCCUGACUGAGAGUAGGACCUCGCCCUACAUUUUGGGCGGGACGUGCCGUCUUCUUCCGUGCUUAUGCUUCUACCUCUUCCUGUCCAAUCUUCAACCUUUCUUGGUUGGUGUAGCUGAUGAAGGGCGUUGUCAGAAGCGGCCACCUUCACUCUGCGGCAUCGAGGCUCCUUUCUUCUUCUUCUUCAAUUGCUGCUGAUUCCGCUACCAACUUCGCCUCAGGAGUUCCACCUUUGUUUCCUGCAUCUUUUUAUCACCGGCACCCGUUGGAAGUCCAGAAGCUGCAACGCGCCAUUGAGUGCUGCUGCCAAUCCGGCAGGAUUGAUGACGCCUUCUCCAUUUUUAGGCAUAUGGUCGGGUUAAACAUCAGCCCAUCCGUUUCCUCUUUCAAUGUCUUGUUGUCCGCUUUUAACAAGGUUGGUCGGUUCGCUGCCACUCUCCCUCUUUACAACCUCAUGUACAAGUCCGGGGUUCCUCCUGACGUCGCCACCAUCAAUAUAUUGAUCAAUUGUUACUCUGAAACCGAUAGAAGCGACGUCGCUUUCGAGGUCUUCAACGAGUUUAGAGAUCAAAAAUUAGCCCCAAACAUUGUUACUUUCAAUACCCUUUUGAAGGGUCUGUGUAAGGAAAAGAGACUGGUCGAUGCCAUUCAAUUUCAUCACGACAUGGCCGAGAAGAAACGGCCUCCCCCUAACGAAAGGACGUACUCUAUUCUCGUCAAUUUUCUUUGUAGUUUAUCGAAAUCGCUACAUUGUCUGGGUUUGAUCUCUGAGAUGUUGAAAUUGGGGUUGGAGCCCACGGAGUCCAUGUAUAACACAGUCUUAGCAGGGUUGUGCAAGGAGAGAAGGAUCGGCGCGGCUCUAUCACUUCACACCUCCAUGAGUAAGGUCAGGAAGAAGGCCAACUUGGUCACUUACACUGCGCUAAUCGACAGACUGUGUAAGGUGGGGAUGCUGAAAGAAGCUAAGUUGUUAUUUAUUGAAAUGUCGAACAAUGGAUUCUCACCCAAUAUUGUUACUUACACUGCAUUGAUUUGUGGUUUUUGCACGGAAGGUCUGUGGCGGGAAGCCGCGAUUGCAUUGAAUGAGAUGAUCUCUCAUGGGAUUAGGCCAAAUCUUGUAACAUAUACUGGAGUCAUGGGUAGUCUCUGCAAACAUGGCAAGUUUCAGGAUGCACUCGACGUGUUCGAUGGAACGGUUCAGCUUGGACUAGACCCGGGCUUAACCACUUACGCUACGAUGAUCCAUGGGCUCUGCAAGGGUGGAAGAAUGGAUGCUGCUAUCGGCCUCCGUCGUCAGAUGGAGGUGAAUGGUCUUGGGAUUAAUUUGGCAAUUUACAAUUCGCUGAUUUAUGGGUUUUGCAAGAUUGGAAAGAUGGAUGAAGCCAUGAAAGUUUUUCAAGAAAUCAAGGAAAAAGGUUCUAGACCUGAUACCAUUACUUACAACGUAUUGAUGGAUGGGUUUUGCAAGGCUGGGCAUAUUGGUACUGCCAGAAGUCUUUACCUUGAUAUGAAAGAAGAGGGUCAGAAUCCUAACCUAAUUAGCUAUAACACGUUGAUGGAUGGUUUAAGUCGUGAGUAUAAUCUUGAUCAGGUUCUUAAUUUGUUCAGAGAAAUUAAUGAUUCGAGUCAAGUGGAUAUUAUAACUUACAACAUACUCAUAAAUAAGAUCUGCAAGGAAGAUGAGGUAGUAGAGCCAAAGAAAAUUGUAAAUGAAUUGUCUGAGAAAGGAAUUGAGGCUGAUGUUGUGACUUAUUCAACACUGAUAAAUGGGCUUUGUGAAAAUGGGAGGCUGCUUGAGGCCAUGGACCUGCUGGGCCAGAUGACGGAAAGUGGUCUUUGUCCAAAUGUAAUAACUUACAAUAGCAUCAUGAAAGGGUUUUGUUUAAUAGGACAGGUCGACAAAGCUGUUGAGAUGCUUCAUGUAAUGAUUGCUAAUCACAUAAUUCCAUCUGCCAAUACAUUGUGUCUUUUCCGGGAAUAUGUUCAUGGUUUACCUCACCAUCAGGAGACCAUGGAAUUACUUGAAACGGUCAUACUGAAGCAAGAUAAAUGCUGUGAUGACUCGUAUAUGGAACUUCUGGAUGUUGUUGGUCAGCAAUUAGUUCUCCCUUCUAAAGCAUCAUCCCAUGAAUGUGCAGCAGCAAAGGCAAGUAAAUUAUGUGAAUCUUCGGGUUCAUAGUUAUAGAAUGGGUUAAUGAAGGUUCAGAACCAUUUGUACCUAUACAUGUAUAUAUAUCUGUCAGGUACCAUUCUUUUGUGUAUAUUCUGUAUAUCAUAUUACGUUAUCAAUGAAUUAA